AAGCAUCACAUGACUAAAGGAAUUUCAUCGUGUUUUACAGUUUUACAACAGUUUUCACGUCCAGGAUUAGACGUGAAGGCCUGUGUAUGCUAGAUAGGGGGUGAUACUGGGAUUUUGGUUGAUAUUUGGUAGCUAAAUUGUGUUAUUACUUCACCGUGGGAAAGUUUCCGGUCCAUCAGCACUAACGUUGUUUUGCUGUCCUUGUUUAGUUGUGUAUGAAAAAUACUGCUAAGAGUUACAACUUGGAAAACACGUGUCACCAAAUGGCCGUAGACUCACACUUUUGAUUCCGAAAGAUAGAUUAGAGUAGUGGAGAAAUUCAACAUAAUGAUCAACUAAUGUUUUGAAGAUUAAAACUAAAAGAAUGUUAAGUUUUGAUGUUUUAGUGCCAUUCCUUUAUUGAUAUCACGCUGGGAAUGCGUUUUGCUUUAUUCAAUCGUCAUUGUAUCCAAAGCUUUUCAAUGGUGGUAAAUUUAUCUUCAGUCUCUCAGCAGGGAGUGGUAUUACUUAAUAAUAAUAACCAACUCGGUGACUCAGUCAUUUCAUCACGACGUCUGAAGGAACAACAAGCUAGCAGGUCUAGAAGUCUUCAUUCAACCAAACUCUCACAACAGCAAUCCGACUUUUGAAAGUCGAAAAUUACAGGAAACCAAUUUCCAGAAUACAGGAACUAGUGUUGUGCAAACACAUUUGGUUUACCACAAAAUACCGCAUUACCUUAGACUAAGAGGCUGUACACCUCUGAACACGAAAACUUUAUACAAGAAUCCUGAAAGCAUCAUGGCUGAAAGAGACAUGCACAUCAAAAGACCUAUGAAUUGUUUUAUGCUCUGGAGUCGAGAGAAAAGAUGCGAGAUUUUAAAGAAAAAUCCAGGUAUUAACAAUGCCGUCAUCAGCAAAAUGUUAGGCGAAGCCUGGAGGAAACUCAGCGAUAAAGAGAAGAGACCUUACGUAAAGGAAGCCAAGCGUCUGACGGCCAAACUACUGGAAGACCACCCUGACUAUAAAUACCGACCAAGAAGACGAAAAACGAAAACACCAGAUUCAAGAAAGCCAUCUCUCAAGAGCGAAUUAGACAACACUGCAGGUAAUAUCCAAUACUCCCCUGCGGCUAUCCAUCCACCAGCUUAUUCCCAGCCUGCACAUCUCAUCCACCCGCAAGGAUACUGGCAAAAAUUCGCAGGCAGCUAUCAAAAGGUGUCUUCAGAAAACGACCCGCCAACACCCACGUUUUGUUUGAGCCCCACGGAGGUAUGCAAUCCAGUUAGAACUGCGUUUCCAUUCCGAGCACUACCAAGCUACGGAUAUUGUGUUUACGAUCAAGAUUUGGUUUCAUCUCCUUACUACGUGAACUGGUGCAAUCCCAGAUCAACUUGGUUACAGAACCAAGUGUAAAAAAGUUUAGAUACAUUAUAGUUUAACUUGAACCUCCUUUUGCACCUUUGCACGCUGUUGUAAAAACACUUCUACGCACAAGAUCUAACUAAGAUUUUUAACACAAACUAACCACAUUUAAGGUGAUAUUCAAGCACUGUAUGGUAUAUUAGUUAUUUUAGGCUUUUAAUAUAACCAUCCUUAUUCAUAAGGAUGCUAUACUUCGUAGCGAAGAGCACCAUUAGUCUUCACAGUAAACAGGGAUCUGUUUUAUAUUGCACUUUAAGUUUAGUAGAAAUUUAGGUGUAAUGUUUUAAAAUAUCACCGUUAGACUUAUAGUUUAUAACUAUAUAUAGUAAAUAUAGUAACUAUAUAUAGUACUAUAUAGUAAUAUCUGCGAUUUUCAUGGGAAUAUGGGGUAAUUGUUAUUUGCAUUGGAUUGCUAAGAGUGAGGAUUUAGUGUAACUUAUUCAUAUUGUUCCUUGAAGUUGUACAUUUCUACGAAUUUAAUAGCUACCAUCUGGUAUAAUGCAAAACUUGCUGAAGUUUUAGCUUACAGAAAAUGUAAAAAUUAUGGGAUAUAAAGUAGUUGAAUAUGACGUAGAGUAAUUAUUUUCUCCUAAGAGAACUGCACGAAACUUCGAAACGAAGACUAUUAAAAUGUUUCAAAUUACUAAUUAGCACUGAUUAUCGUAGUUCACAGCACAAUGUUUCAAUUUUAUGUACAUAAGCACUUGUUCUAAUCAGACAAAUAAACAAUUUAACGCAACUGUUUCAUGUGCUGAAUUAGUAUUAACUGGACAUUUUUUUAAAACUGGACAUUUUUUUAGU